UCCGUGCGCACAGCGUUCACGUUUGACAACAAGCCCUAGCUAGCUGCGUGUAUUUCGGGAAAGAUAUUUUGCCCCUUAUAAUCGUCCAACGAUGACUAAAUUACAAUAUCUGAAUGUGUAUCUAACUGAGCGUUUGAUGCAAGCUGCCGAGGAGAUACUUGGAGUGGUCGGAGACACGAUUUCCGAGUAUCAGGAAGAAAUAGCCCGGACAAAGAGAGAGAACCAAUACCUGAAACAACACUUGAUCACACCGGUCCUACCGGCUCCUCAGCCCAUUCUCUCUUGGGUCUCAGAGCAGCAAACUCCCCCUGGGCAACAGCGCUGUGAGCAGGAGUGGAGCCCCAGUCUUGGGCAGGAGGACACAGAGCCCACACAGAUUAAACAGGAACAGGGUGAACUCAGGACUCGUCGGGAGGUAGAGGAGAUUCAAGGGCCGGAGGCUGAUACCAAAGAAGACUCCAUAAUCAUUCCUCCCUGUGUGAAAAGUGACUGUGAUCAGGAGCCAUCUCAGRCCACACAWCUUCCCCAAACUGUGGAGAACAGAGAGAYYMACUCUCUACUGACCAACACAACUGGACAGAUCAAAACCGAACCUGAUGGRGAGGGCUAUGGAGUAUCACUAUCAGAACCAACCAGUGACUCCCCUCAGUCUCAGCCRCUCUCUGCAGUAAAUCCAGACUGUUCUAGAACACAGAGUGAGAACACUGACAGUGUUACUGAUGUUUCGAGAGAUCCAGAAAGGAGACCAGAGGACACKCAGACACACUCAUGUACUCAGUGUGGWGCCGUGUUCUGUGAGCUUUCCCAACUGGAGGCACACAUGCUAUCCCACACAGUACCACACAGUGGUGACACUAGUCACAGGCAAAUCCUCUGCACAGURUGUUGGAAGUCAUUCACCUCUACCAGUUACCUCAAGGUCCACKUGRGUUCUCACABUAAMGAMAAGCCCUUCCACUGUGGUGUGUGUGGCAAGAGUUUCAGCUACUCAGGSAGGUUKAYGGAGCACCAYCGCAURCACACUGGAGAGAGACCGUACCGUUGCCACGUGUGUGSUAAACGCUUCAYCCYGUCWGRCCAUCUGAAGACCCACCUGAGGGUCCACACGGGGGAGAAACCCUACUCCUGUCCUGUCUGUGGGAAAGGAUUCAGUCAGUCCAGCCAUAUCAAGGGACACCUCAGAACUCACACCCGAGGGAGGUAG